GUCGUCAAGGAAGUGCGUCCUCGGUUGCUAUCAUGGAGAGACAGUACACAGACAGGCUCUAUUCACCUCUGUGGUUUAGAUGAUAGAAAAGUGACAGGACAGCCUCUGUUUGGGUUUUAACAGACCUAGAGGACGUGGAUCCAUCUUUCAGAGGAAGCUGCUGCGAUGUGGAGUCGAACAUUUCCUCUCCAGGUCUAUCUUCGCUCUGAAAAUGGUUGAAUGAGUUACUGACGUUAGCUAAGAGGAGGGUUAGCUAACAGCUCUGCUGGGACCUGGACCUGGACCAGACCUGGACCUGUAUGUCUGUUCUGCGUCACCAAGAAGCAGCAGGCUCGGAGGAUGCAGUUUCUUCAAGACAACUUCUUCUAUCACUCAGAUUCAAGGUUGGGAGCUGAUGGAGGCCUCAACAAUGAGCGACAACUUUUGGUUGAGGAGCAGAAGCUAAGCAGAGCUCGAGCUCGCAAGUUCUCUGUGGAGACAAACCAACGCAGGAAGGCUCUGGAGGAAAGACAGAAGCAGUGGGACAAGCAGGAGCAACGGCUGAGAGAGAACGUCCUGCAGCAACGCAGGCAGCGAGUUCAAGAUGCAACUGAGCGCUUCCAAAGAGCCCAUCUACCUCCUUCGCAGAGGCGCAGACAAACCUUCCGAAGAAAUGUCCCAAACAUUGAAGAUGCACUUCAUCAAAUUCAAGGCAACUUGACAUCAUACACCCAGCAGUCCUCUUUCUUGUCCAGCAAUUCCAACAUUUGCAGAAGCUGCACUCCCUCUCCAAAGCCUCCCACAGUUUCCAGAAACACUCACCACCAAGGACUCUCCGUUGUGGAGGCUAUCACUAAGUUGCUUGAGGAGCAGAACAUGACUUGCUUGAAGAUUGGUCAACAAACUGAAAAGAGUGAAGAAAAGCAACAGGAUCCCAGCCCACAGGACAGCCGUCUGUCUGAUUGUUGUUACUCUGAAAGCCUUUCAAGUAGAGACAGUUUGGAGAAUGAAGACCCAAACCACAGCACAAAGAAUCCACAAUGUUCCUAUUCAUCAAUCUUGCUUGACUCUGAGAAGUCAAACCCAGACCUGAGAAAGCAAAAGGAUUUGUAUCCAACAUCAGACCUUACUCCUUUUUCAGCAAUGACACUUCUUGGGGAUAACGUACCCCCAUCAAGAAAGCUGUCUGAUCAGAAGCCGCAAAAACAAGAGCACUGUGAACCACCUAAUGACAACAUGCACACUUCUAAAGCGUCUUGGGGGUUCACACCUUUUGAUUCAACACCUAAGACUGAGAGCCAACCUGCGCUGAACAACUGCAACGUAUUAACUCUGAGUGAAAUUAUGAGUGCAGACAAAGAGCACUUUGGAGUUCACUUCCCACAAAACACUCCCAAUGACAACAUCAUUAUGACAAAGAAAAUUGCUCCUGAUGACACCGCUCUUAAGUCUUUGUGUCCUAAACAAGAGGCUCUAUUAGACGCCAGGCAGCAGAGGGUCCAUGAUGACAGACAAACAAAACAUCCAUCAGCAACAGAAAUUCUUUUGCCUGCCAAAAGUUGCAGCAAAGACAUAAUGUUUGAGGAUCAUCUGAGGCCAAAUAUCUUCUUGAACUAUAACAGAGCAGACAAUGCACCAGAAGAGGGAAGUGUCAUGCAAACACACAGAGAAAACCACAAUAUGUCAACCAAGACUGAGCCCAGUGCUUCCAUUAACAACCUUAAUAAAGUUUCAAACUUAGAGCCCCAAACAAGCAAGUCUAUUAACACAGCACUGCUGCAACAGGCAUGCUUGUCUAAUAUUCAUGAUAAUAAUAAGUGCCUUAAGUGUCCUGAAGAGGAAGUGCAACAUGUGCCUGCUUCAGUUGGGACACCUCAUUCAGUCAGAUUCAUUAAAGGAAUCCUUAAGAAGCAGUCCAAAUAUAUGUCAGGGGAUACCACAUGUGCAUAUGGAUCAGGACAUUUGAUAUUUGCAAAACAAGUAGCUCUAGCGAUCAGAGAUAGUGUUGAAUUGACUCGUGCAAAAUCUAAAGCUCUAGAGGGAAACACGGUUAAAAAGAAGCUGCGGUGGUUUGAUGAGGUGAGUGAGGGAAAAGAGGACAGAAAAACAGACUUAUUCAAACAGACAAGUCACAAGUCUCACAGUCUCCCUGAGUCGAAAUACACUUCAGAAGACCACCAGCUAAGUCUAACUGCAGUCUCAGGGGCUUCCAAGCUUGGACCAAGCAUGACCCCUCCAGCCUCGAAUGGUUAUCACUUUACAAAGCAAGCGUGGACAGAUGUUGGGGUUCAAGUAAGCUUGCCGCAGAAACGAGCAGAUGAGGUCAAGGUUCCUUGGAGCAGCACCAAAACCGGUGGCCCCAAAGUCCCUCGGAGAGAGCGCUCUGCCAGAACUGGAGCAGGUCCUGUUUCUUCAAGAGCUAGAAAGGGCACUGUCAUACGACCUCAAUCUGCCACCGAGGUGAGUCAGAUUGCCAAAACCCAAGGGAAGAUCAUGGUGCCCCGCCCGCCUCCUAGGAUGCAAUCACUGGAGAAAGAGGAAAAGCCGCCAUACAUCACAAAGAGUCCAUAUGGCGGCGCGGAUCAUGCAAGUGUCAACAGUAAACAAGCUUUGAGAGUGGAUACCUCCGAAAGCUUCUUCUUACCAUGCACACAUCAUGUGAUAAAAACCGAUAGUGCUGUUAUGUACACACCACUCCAGCCCUCGUAUACAUGCCCUGUGUCUGAGGUCAACACCAAGGGUACGCCCAGCUCAGGUCAUCAAGAGACUCAGGGCUCCAGUAGACGGAGAGGGAUGGUGUACCAUGAAAAAGGCAUCUGUUUGGAUUGCACUCCAACAGAUGAAGAGAUCUCAAAGCUCUGGUACGGGGUCCGCAGCGCCUUAGCCACCAAGGAAGUCAAAAACAUGCUGCGCAGACAGGCCCUUGAGAGUGAGAAAGGUGUGAGGAAACCCUGCGUGGAGCCGAGCAGACCGCCUCCUGUCUCCGGGUACAGAAAGUUUCCUCAGCCCUCUCAGCCAACAAAACAGCCUACAGAACCUGUCAGAUCCAUUUCCAGUGCUUACAACGUUGCCUUACAAGUUGAAGGUUUAGAGAGUAUGUCUCAGUUACACCGGAGUGAGGUACACGCUGAAGGCCUCCUUGAAGAGAGGGGUGUUGUAGCUGCUAUGGAGACCGCCCAAACACAGAGACCUGGGACAGUGCAGCGGCACAGCCAGCAGCAGGGCCUCACCAACAUCUCCCUGGAAGAGCAGAAGAUCCUCCUCUCUCUGGACAGACUCAACCGCCAGCUGUGCAGUGUGCGGGAACACGUGGGGGCCACUAUUGGUACACAAGGCCUUGUACUCAUUGGGACACCCUCUAUAAGGGAAGUGAAAGUAACAAACCAUCACAAGCGCCGUGCAUCUUCAGCUACCAACCGCCCUCGGUACCAAAAGAAAUCCUGACCUGGAGAUCUGAGAUUCCCUAUAAACAAGCACUUUAAUGCCCUCUGAAGAAGGUUUUAUCUUCUUUACUACUUAAUCUACCCACCAGAAUAACUUACAGAUCUAAAGGAUCAGCAGUGACGGACUGUGGAGGAAAAAUCCACGGAUGUUUAAGUUUGUCCUGUUUGCUUUGUGCAUGGAUAAGAGCAUGAUGUCACUGUUUUUCUUAUUUGCUCAACUUCAGCAAUGACAUUUGAAGUGCCUUUCAAAAUUACACUUUUUAUUUCACAAAUUAUAAGGCCCGUCUUAUAAGUGACACAUGACCCAGAUUAAAUGAAUAACACUUUAAAGA